AUGGACUCAGCGAAGAAGUUGUACAAGGAAUUAUUGCGUGGUCGUAAACGUAUCUGUCAUGAGCACUACAUGCAAGCGGCAGCCUUUAUUGGUAAAGAAGUGGAGGACAUGUGGGGUCAGUUCCCAGGUCUUGGAAUUGACGAGGUUCCUUGCAAUAUAAGGCAAGAUCUAUUGGCAUGUGUCCAGCUUUACGGAGAAUACCUUGAUGUA